AUGUCAUCUUGGCUUCCAAUCCCCGCGAAGAGUCAUUUCUCUCUCGCCAAUUUCCCCUUUGGUAUAGUCUCAACUUCGAACCAGCCGACACCUCGUCCAGCUGUUGCUAUUGGCGAGCAAGUCCUUGACUUGUCGGUAUUUGCGCGGAAUGAUGGCUUUUCGAAGUUAUCUGACUUCUCAGCCGAGAAACUUGACGUGUUUUCGCAAUCAACACUGAAUGACUUUGCUGCCCUCGGAAGACCGGUGCAUCGUGCUACAAGAGCUUAUCUUCAAGAUGUCUUUCGCAAAGAUACACCGUACCCCGAUAUUCUCAAGGAUAAUGCACAUUUACGAGAACAGGCCUUGAUGCCACUUGGCGAAGUCAGGUCUCACGUGCCACUUAGCAUUGGAGAUUAUACCGACUUUUUCGCUGGUCGUAACCAUGCGCAGACAGUGGGUGCCUUGUUUCGGGGUCCGGCCAGUGCACUUCAGCCAAACUACAGCCAUCUCCCAGUCGCAUAUCACGGUCGUGCAAGCUCUGUUGUUGUAUCUGGCACUCCUCUACAAAGGCCUUGGGGCCAAGUACUUCCCAACCCUCAAUCACAAGACCCUGUUUUUAAGCCUUGUUCCAGAUUGGACAUCGAGUUGGAACUCGGUAUGUUUGUCAGCAAAGGUAAUAAGCUUGGUUCUUCAAUUGCUGUUGAAGAUGCAGAGGAAUAUAUCUUUGGAUAUGUUCUUAUGAAUGAUUGGAGUGCGAGAGAUAUUCAGCAGUGGGAGUAUGUUCCAUUGGGGCCAUUCAAUGCGAAGAACUUUGGGACAACCAUCAGCGCUUGGGUUGUUCUAGCCGAUGCUCUUGAGCCAUUCAGAGGUGAGGGGCUAUUGAACGAGACGCCACUACAGAAGUAUCUAGACGAGAAGAGAAAGGAUCCCAUCCUCCAUAUCAAUCUCGAAGUUUCGCUCACGACCAACCAAGGUCACACGACGAAGAUCACACGUACAAGUUCCAAGAAUCUGCUGUGGUCGUGGCCCCAAAUGCUUGCUCACCACUCUAUAUCUGGGUGCAACAUGCGCACAGGAGAUUUGCUUGGAUCGGGAACUAUUUCUGGUCUCGAACCGGGCACACAGGGAAGUCUUCUUGAGCAAACGCAAGGAGGAAAGGUUUUCGUCCAGCUGGAAGGCGGCGAGGAGCGUAAGUUUGUCCAGGACGGCGAUACUAUCACCAUCACUGGUUGGUCGGGGGAAAAUGAGGAUGGGCUUGUCGGCUUCGGAGAAUGUUCAGGUACUAUCUUAACUGCUGUGUCGAGGGACUAG